ACGAACGAGCAGUGUUAACUAGCCUAUACCGAUCAGCUUCACGUUUUCUUCCUGCAAAUCUUUCCCCGCAUUGCUUUGCGUAAAGCCUUGCCCGUUCGUAUUGUUCCACUCUUCUUUCGCUAUUUUUUAGUUCGCGACUGACAUGUAAGUGAAUAUUUUUUACGGGUAUAAGAAGCAGAAACCUAGAAGAAGAAGCGAGUCGAAAAGAGGAGAGGAAAAGAGACCGAGAAAAGGAGUGUGUGAGGCCAGUGUGCCCUGUCUGAUAUUUCGCUGAUACCACGCCAUGAAGAUGCAGAGAAUAGCCGAGGUGAUGCUGUUUAUGGCCGGGGUUGCUUUGGGUCUGUGCGCUGCUCACACCGGGAAAGUGAACAAACACAAGCCGUGGAUUGAGACAUCGUACCACGGGGUGAUCACAGAGAACACAGACAUCGUCCUCCUGGACCCUCCGCUGGUGGCGCUGGACAAAGACGCCCCUGUUCCUUAUGCAGGUGAGAUCUGUGCUUUCAAGAUCCAUGGCGUUGAGGCGCCGUUCGAGGCGGUGGUCCUGAACGGGACGUCCGGCGAGGGCCAGCUCAGGGCGCGAGGCCUGGUGGACUGUGAGCUGCAGAAGGAGUACACGUUCAUCAUCCAAGCACACGACUGCGGAGCGGGUCCCGGGGGCACCGGGGGGAAGAAGUCCCACAAAGCGGUGGUUCACAUCCAGGUGAAUGACGUUAAUGAGUUCUCUCCCGUGUUCCGGGAGGGCCAGUACCACGCAGCGGUGACGGAGGGGAAGAUCUACGACAGCAUCCUGCAGGUGGAGGCUACAGACCUAGACUGUUCUCCACAGUACAGCCAGAUUUGUAACUACCAGAUCACUACCGGCAACACGCCUUUCGCCAUCGACCGUAACGGUAACAUCAGGAACACGGAGAAGCUGAGCUUUGAUAAGCAGCGGCAGUAUGAGGUCCUGGUCACAGCCUUUGACUGCGGACAGAAGAGGUCAUCCGAGAGUGUGGCGGUGCACAUUGACGUUAAACCUGUCUGCAAACCAGGCUGGCAAGGUUGGAACAAAAGAGUGGACUAUGAACCAGGCACAGGCAGCAAGCAGCUGUUUCCCAAGAUGCACUUGGAGACGUGCGGAGGACCUCUGUCCUCAGUGAGAACCACAGUGGAGCUGCAGACGAGCCACAUUGGGAAGGGCUGCGACCGUGAGACUUACUCUGAGAAGUCCCUGCAGAAACUCUGUGGGGCCUCGUCGGGCAGCACAGACCUUCUCCCCGGCCCCAGCACCUCCACCAAUUGGACAGCGUCCUUGUUGACGGACAGCGGGCGGGACAGCGACCUCAUCUUCCGGUUUGACGGACGGCAAGCGGCGAAGAUACCGGACCAGGUGGUACCUCAGAACCUGACGGACCAGUUCACCAUUGCUACUUGGAUGAAACACGGACCUAGUCCUGGAGUCAGGGCAGAGAAAGAGACCCUGCUCUGCAACUCGGACAAAACAGAGAUGAACCGACACCACUACUCUCUGUACGUCCAUAACUGUCGGCUUGUGUUCCUGCUGCGGAGAGACUUCACCCAGGUGGACACAUUCAGACCAGCAGAGUUCCACUGGAAGCUGGAGCAGAUCUGUGAUAAAGAGUGGCACUAUUACGUCAUCAAUGUUGAGUUUCCUGUGGUGACACUCUAUGUGGACGGAGUGACCUAUGACCCCUACCUGGUGACAGACGAUUGGCCGAUCCACCCUUCUCAGAUCGAUGUACAGCUCACUGUGGGGGCUUGCUGGCAAGGUGGUGAGGUGACCAAGCCACGCUUCACCCAAUACUUCCGCGGCAGUCUGUCAGGGCUGACCAUUAGACCGGGCAAGAUAGAAAGCCAGAAGGUCAUCUCCUGUUUACAAGCCUGUAAGGAAGGCCUGGACAUCAACUCAUUGGAGAGCCUGAGCAAGGGUAUCAAGUUCCACUUCAAUCCGGCCCAGUCCAUCCUGGUGAUGGAGGGAGAGGAUCUGGAGAACAUGAACGCUGCUCUGAGGAAGGUGUCCUACAUCAACUCCCGCCAGUUCCCCACCCCAGGAAUCAGGAGACUGCACAUCUCGACCUCAGUACAGUGUUUCGGGGAGGACACGUGCGUCUCCAUCUCUGACAUCGAUGCAGUGGUGAUGGUCCUGCAGCCCAGUGAACCUCGGAUCACCAUGACCGGGGCGGACAGACUGACCAGGCCUGCGGCUGACCUCAGUGGUCCAACAGGACUCGCUCUGUUCCAGGACCUUCACAUCAUCAGUACUGUCACAAAGGGAGACGCCACUUCACGCCGUCCAGGCCGGCCGGAGGUCCAGGAAGAGGUCAUCCAUAACCUGGACUAUUGUGACAUGCUGGUGCUGGGGGAGGAAUUGAGGCCAGAGCUGGAGAGUCUCCAACUGAAACGGAGUGCCCUGCUGGGGAAACAUCUGGAUGCUACCAACUCCACAUCCGGCAUGUCUAUAUAUGGUGUGGACUCAAUGUCCAAUUAUGAGCAGGUGAUCAGACAGGUGCGUUACUACAACUGGCAUCCUGCUCAGAUCCCUGACAGGAAGUUUCGUCUCACCUGUUCUGAGCUCAACGGACGCUACACUAGCAAUGAGUUCACCCUGGAGGUCAGCGUUCUCCACAAAUCAGAGGCUGGGGAGCAUAUUAAUCACAUGGUAGUUCCACCCCAGUACAUGCAAGUGGUCCAUCAUCCAGCCAUGAUCCACAAUAUGUACCCAACACACAGCUCAGGAGUCCCCAGUGCUGCCACUGUGGUGAUAGUGAUCUGUAUCGCAGCUCUAGUGGGGGUGGUGGUGCUGGGCAUCUACCGUAUUCACCUGACCCACCAACAGGAGGGCAGGAGCUCUGACACAAGCAAGGAGGGAGAGCUGGACUGGGACGACUCAGCACUCACUAUCACAGUCAACCCUAUGGAGAGUUUCCAAGAGCCACAAGGAGCAGAGGAAGAGGCCAGUGAGGAGGAUGAUGAUGAUGAAGAAGAGGAAGAGGAUGACAUCACCAGCGCAGAGUCAGAUGACAGUGAAGAGGAGGACAUCCCAGGAAAACCCAAAGUGCAACAGGACAGCAAGAGAGUCCAGAUCAACUGGGACAACUCUAUAUUAACCUACUAAAUACAGUCUUCUCUUCUCUCUCGCUCACUUAUACACACACACGGACACACACAUUCACAAACUCUGAGACAGUGGUUUUAAAAGUCUCCUCAGGGACCCUGAGACGUUUCAUCAUUUAGUUGUAGCCAUGACCUUGCUCAGUGAUUCCCUUUAUCAAGGGCUUGAUGAUUAGUAGAUAAGUUGAAUCUGGUGUGUUCACUCUGAAAUAGUUCAAAUACAUGGAUUGGCUGGGGGUCCCAGAGGAAAGGUUUAAAAAACCCUUUUCAGAGGCACCAAUAUACACAAUGCCAUAAAAUCAAUUGUUUGAGUCAUGAGAGGCUACAUGUCCUUUCUCAAAAUCAAGGUAACAUCUCCCCCUACUGCUCAAAAGGGAAAUUGGGGAUGGAAAUAGAAAGCGAGAUAGACAUUGAAAUAAGAUUCCUUACCUUUAUUUCAGAACAUCUGGUGUGAUAACUAAACCCUAAGGUGACCCUGUGGAACAAUACAGUAAUAAUAUCCUGUGGUCCUGAAUACUCAAGACUUUCAUUCUUAGUCCACAAGCUGACAUGAGACGGGGGAAAAUGUAAUUACCUGUCCACCUAUUUUAUGGGUUCACGACAGGGGUGGGCAACUAGCAUCCUGCUGGCCUUAUGGCCCCCAGAUCAAUUUAAUACAUAAGGGUCACUGUAAUAAUGGCUGAUCCACUAGCUCUGACCCCACUCUCCGAGGGUGUCAAAAAGGAGAGUGGGAUAUGCAAAAACUACAAUUUCAAUUUCAAGAAAUCAGUUGCCCUGAAUUGCUGUGGAGAGUUCAUUUUGAAGAAUUAAUCAUUAAGGCAAAAGGGGAUAUAGUAUACAAUUGGAAAACUACAAAUAUAGUAUACCAGUAUACUAUAUAAGCAUUGAAAACCAUGUAAUUUGAACCCUGAAUUCUGAUUAGAGGAAAGCUAUUUCAUAUGAGACCACAUACCACACGAAUGUAAGAAUGACAAAAAAAAGACUUGUUUACGUUUCAAAUUGAGUUGGUAAUAAAAGCAAUAAGACAACUCUGGGUUUGCAUGAUGGUAUAUAACUUAUACAACUAAGGGCUAUACAACUAACAGCCCUAAGUCAUGGUGUAUUGUCAAUAUAUCACACCCCCUCAUGCCUUAUUGCUUAAAUAUACCAUGGCUUUCAGCCAAUCAGCAUUCAAUGUUUGAACCGCACAGUUGUUAAUACAUAAUAUACAAUUUUAAAAUGGGCUUUAGCAUUUAAUCAUUUUCUGCAGUUUUGAACUGACAGUCACUUAAUCUGCCACGGUAGAUAUUUCCACCACUUGUGUACAGUACCUUAAUCAACCAGCAGUCUAAACUCGUAAUCAUGGUCACCCGGAUUCAUUUUGUUUGUUACUGUUAUUCAAGUAUAUUAAAAACCCAAGUAUAUUAGAAAAUUGUAUAAUUACCUUAAAUUUGCUUUAAACUGCAUAUAUAUCUUUGUGCCAUGGCAACUUAGAAAAUGUAUACACGCACGCAAACACACAGCUUCUGAUGUGGCCCUCUUUCAAGUUGCCCAUCCCCGUUUGAAAAUCGUGUCAGAGAAACUGUGGUCACUGUGGUCAAAGUCGGUCACUUCGUCCUUUGUAAUGGUUUCUUUUUCAUUGGUCCAUAGUGGUCUGCAGUCCACUGUACUAAUCACAGAACAAUUGAAAUAGUACAGACCAAUAGUAAUCUCAUAACAGUGGAACAGAUAACAUUGUACAGUCCAAUAGGGAACUGUGUACGAUGUCACUCCUUCUGUCCAUUGCCUCAGAUGAAAACGGAGUCUUAAAAAAAUUAUUAUUGCAUUGAUUUGCAGUAUUUUAAUACCUGAAUAAAUAUUUUUUUGUUUCUUGCAAUGGAAUAUAUUUUAUUUAUCACUGCUUAUUCAAGCCUGGUUGAGGUUUCCAGGCAAUUUCAAAGAGACGUGAUGUUACCCAAUGGCACUCAGCAAUCUUAUGAGUUGUCUGAUUGGUGCGCUGUUAAAGACAUACUUACCUGGGGUGGAGUCAUGCUGGUGCAACAUUACAAAAGGUUUAGAUAGGAAUGUUUUGCAUAGAACAGACCUGUUAUUCUGUCAUAUUUACCAUUUUAGCUCUAUGCAUUAAAAUCUUCGAUGGUCUAUAUACAGUAUGUUGCACCCAACUGAAUGAGCACCAUAGGUAAAAGGUAUACUUUUUUCGUUCUGUUUUUUGGACACGCUUUGAGAGAGGAGGAACCUUGUACAUUUUUAUAUGCUCCUCUUACCUGUAAAUACUGACUAGAUAGUGUGACCCCACCCUGAUCAAGCCCCUCGCUCUGUUCAUCUGUACAACUAGCCCCAACCCAUGUACCCUGCCCAUGAAAAGUCAAUAUGUACAUAUCACACCAAGCCCAACCCAUCCCCCUACUUUUCUAUCUAAAUGUUCAGAUCAUUCCGAAUGAAUGGCUGUGCUUUCUGUCUCUGCUACGACGACCAAGACGGCCAGGCAAGACAGACUGACACUACUGUUCCCACACCUUUCGAUGGAAGAAAACACUGGGAUAUUACUGUGGAAGUUAAAACUGAUUUAACUCCACCUUAACUGGCAUGUAUAGGGCAUUGUCUUCUAUAGUUCUGUAGUCAAACCUCCUAACCCUCUAAUCCCCAUUUUCCAGAGUACGACUACCUUUAUGUGCACAUCCGAAACAGAAUGUUGUUUUACCUGACAUGAGAAUAAAUGACAUGUUUCAGUGUUCCUCGGUUGGGUGUUUGACUUUGUGACCCUGCUUGAUGUAUUUCAUUUCGGGGAUAGUCCUUUGGUUCUUGCUGGGAGAGGCCUGUCUCAAUGAACCCCUUGUAUAGCUGGCUACAUGUUCACGUAAUGUUCUCAACGGUCGUGUAGGGUUACACCUGUGCUUGUGACGUCCCUGUUUCACAAUUCAACCUUGUUACUAUCAGCUCCUGAACCCCCUCUCACACCUGACCCCCUAUCCCCUUUAAACCUAUGCUGGACUUUGCAUCACCCCCAAUGUUCUACCCAAUGUUUGUUUUAAAAGAAGAGAAGGAAAGUGAAAAUAAAUAUGAACCUUGUAAAAUGUGUAAAACCUUCAGUUUUUCUUGACUUUUCUUUGGUCUGUUUUUCUUAAUUUUCUUUGGAUGGUCACUACAGCACUUUCUGUAAACUGGCCAAUAAAGACUUGUUUUAGAA